CCUUCUUUUUUGGGAGCUUAGGCCAUUGAAACAGAAGAUGAACGCCUUUUGCAACAAUUCCUACUUGAUCAUUCUGUUGCUCUCGAUCUCAGCCCUGGUGAAGAUUGAUGCACAGAAUCGUCCAGUGACGACGACCUGCUUUUCACCCAGGAGUAGAUGCUUUCGCAGGACUAUGAGAUGCCCAGCACAAUGCCCUUCAACAAGGCUAUCAAAUCCCGGAGCCAAAGUUUGUUAUUUUAAUUGUGAUUCCCCCAUUUGCCAGGCUGAAUGCAAAAAUCGGAAACCCAACUGCAACGCCCCUGGAGCAGCAUGCUUGGACCCGAGAUUCAUUGGUGGAGAUGGCAUUGUGUUCUACUUCCAUGGGAAGAGCAAUGAACAUUUCAGCUUGGUAUCAGAUCUCAACCUCCAAAUCAAUGCCAGGUUCAUUGGCCUGAGGCCAGCAGGCAGAACCAGGGACUAUACUUGGAUCCAAGCAUUGGGUGUCCUCUUUGGUACUCAAACCUUCUCUCUUGAGGCCAAACAUACAGCAACUUGGGAUGAGGAAUUUGACCAUCUGAAGUUCUCUUACAAUGGGAAGGAUAUUGUCAUACCAGAUGGCCAUCUAUCUUCAUGGCAAUCCCCAGAAGGAGACCUUACAGUAGAGAGAACAUCUGAAAAGAAUAGUGUCUUAGUGACUCUACCAGAGAUUGCUGAGAUUUCAGUCCAUGUGGUGCCAGUAACCAAGGAAGAUGAUAGGAUCCAUAACUACCAAAUACCCUCUAAUAAUUCUUUUGCUCACUUGGAGGUGCAAUUCAAAUUCUCUGGCUUAUCUUCAAAUGUUGAAGGAGUGCUUGGUAGGACUUACCAGCCAGACUUCGUGAACCCUGCAAAGCCAGGAGUGGCCAUGCCAGUAGUGGGAGGGGAAGACAAUUACAGGACCUCAUCACUUCUCUCUGAAGAAUGCAAGACCUGUAUAUUCUCCCCAGCCGGAUUUCUGGACCAAACAGAUUCAUUGUUGAUGGACUUUGACACCCUAGACUGCACCAGUGGAGUCUCUAGUGGAAGUGGAAUAGUUUGUAGGAGAUAA